AUGCGAUCAAUCAUCACUUUGACCUUCCUCGCGAUUACUUCUCUCCUUACCACCGUCCUGGGCAGUUAUGUCGACAUGGUCAUUGACUCCGAGAAGGAAUUAGCUGGUACUCUUGAUAAAUUCGUUGAAGAUCAUCCAGACACAUACGACUUCAUCGCUAAAUCACACGAUGGUAGAAUCGUCAUCCAAGUUAGAUUUGAAGAUGAUACCGUUGGUAUCGAAGGUUUCUUCACCGAGACUCCAGAAUUGUUGGACGAUUUGGAUGUGGCACAAAAAUCAAUCUUGGCUUCUACCGUCUCGGCUGGAUUGGACGAACAAUCCGGAACUACAUUGGAAUCCCUUCAAGCUUAUCGAUACGGCGCUCCGGACGAAGGCGAUUUACACAAGAGACAAUCUUGUCAACCAUGCAGAGAGUGUCUAAGGGACGUCAAUGAACAUCUCAAGAAAAGGGCUUCCUUUUGUGGUCAAUUCUGCUCAACCAGAUUGAGCUGCAUCGUCCCUGGAUGUAGAAGAUGCUACUAUACUGGCGGAGCUUGUAUUUGGCAAAAAUCAUAUCAAAGAGGUUAG